AUGGCUUCGUAUUCGCCCCUCCGAACGCACGAUCUAGAGCAUCAACUUGAAGACUCUGAAGACGCUAAUCUUCUCCCCAACAAACACUUUAUCUCUGAGCAUUGUACCGCCGCGGUAGAUCCCCCAUUUGAAUGGCCCGCUUGGACUGCACUGGGACUCUCCAUCCUCGCAGUUGUUUGUGCAUGCACGGUGUAUAUCGCCUCUGCCAGUGUUUCCGGGCCGCGCGAUGCCCAUGGGUUGCGGCAGCCCAACCAAUUUCCAGGUCUCGAAUUUAUCGACGAGCCCCGGGUAAAGCAAAAGGCACCAAAGAUGUACUUCCCAAGCGCCAUCGUACGGGUGAACAAAGCCUUACCUGACCAAAUCUAUACUUCGGGCUCGCACGUUAUCCUGAGCGAGAAUGACUCAAUGUUCUACCAGUGGCACUUAGGCACGUCCAAAUUCACCUCUUGUUACAUCGACAGCGUCGUUCCCACUCCCGACGAUGGUCUUGAGGCCAAUAAGACCUAUACCUCAUCUGGCUCCCUCACCGAAAUCCAGAUUUGGAACGUUACCACUCCUGUUGAGGGCAUGAAGAGGCUCAGCUGGAAUUCGCGACCCCAACGAAUUGCACUGAUGGGCACCGUCGCAUUCCUUCCUGAGAAAGAGAAGAUUGAGCAGCUGCAUUUCGAAGAUGGCUGGCAGUCGCAGCUUCCAACGCGAUUCUCGUGUGGUAAGAAAGCGACUGUUAGCAUCGAGGUUGCCUGCGAUAGUUGUAAACUUGAAUUCGAGCAAAUAUUCUCGAUUCCUCCAUUGGGUUUCGACCUGAUGGAGAUAGGAUAG